AUGACCAGAGUAUCAUGCCAAGCUAAAUUUCGUGUACGUUUCGAGGCAAACUCCAGCAAGUGGAAGGUUGUUUAUUUUGAACCUGAGCACAAUCAUGAGUUGACACUGGCUAAGCAAGUUCAUUUAAUUCCGGCAUUCAGGGGAUUGACUAAUGGUGAUAAGGCUCAAGUUGACACACUAAAGCUCUAUGGCGUGAAGAGUUGCAACAUAAUGGGUCUCAUGAUGGGACAAAAAGGAGGUCAUGAUUCAGUUGGUUUUUUGAAAAAGGACUUAUACAACCAUGUCGAUAAGAAUAAAAGGAUCAGUUUAGGUGCUGGUGAUGCUGCUGGUUCAUUAAACUAUUUUACGCGGAAAGGGGAGAAGGAUCCGAUGUUUUAUUUCAGGUUCACGAGAACAAGUAAUGAUAAUCUUGAAAAUUUGUUCUGGUGUGAUGGAACCAGUCGUCUUGACUACCAAGCUUUUGGAGAUGUAAUCGUGUUUGACAGCACUUACAAAAAGAACAAGUACAACAAGCCUGUUGUUAUAUUUUCUGGUUACAAUCAUCACAAGGAGACUACUAUUUUUGCAUGUGCAUUGGUUUCUGACGAGACUGUGGAUACUUACAAGUGGGUUUUACAAAGAUUGGAUGAAGCUAUGUUUGGGAAGCAUCCUAAAGCUGUCGUGACAGAUGGAGAUAAAGCUAUGCGUGAGGCAAUUAAGGUAGUGUUUCCAAAUUCAACCCACAGGCUUUGUGGAUGGCACAUUCAGCAAAAUGCAGUUAAGAAAAUUCAUUUGCCUAAAUUCUUAGAUGACUUUGACUAUUUGAUCUUUGGUAAUUUCAGUCCUCAGCGGUUUGAAUCAAAGUGGGAGAGUAUGAUUGAAAAGUAUGAUCUUCGUGAGGACAAAUGGAUUAAACAAAUGUAUGAAACAAAGGAGAUGUGGGCAACUGCAUUUAUGAGAGAGAGAUUUUUUGCUGGAAUUAGGACUACCUCGCUAUGCGAAGGUAUCAACUCUUUCAUUAAGAAGUAUGUGACGUGCAAAAAUAGUAUGCUGGAUUUCAUUUAUAAUUUUGAGAGAGCUGUGGAAGAGUAUAGGUACAAUGAGUUAGCCUCUGACUUUAGGUCAUGUUAUGGGGAGCCUGUGUUAACCACUGCUUUGAGUGACAUUGAACAAGGAGCUGCUAAACUGUUGACCAGAAAUAUGUUUAGGGAAGUUAGACAUGUCAUGGAACAAGCUUUGAGCCUUAACCUUGUUGAACGGUCAGAGGUGUGCAACACAGUAAUGAUAAAGCUGAGUGUAUGUGGCAGAUCCAGUUCUCAAUUCUUGGUUGUUUAUGAUAAGAAUCAGACCACAUUUGAGUGUGAUUGUGGGCUAUCUGAUUUUAAGGGCAUUCCUUGUUCUCACAUCAUAUGUGCUAUGAGGAUUGAGGACUUCACCACAUUUCCUGCAUCUCUUGUUUCCAACCGGUGGUUGAAGACUGCGAAGGUGGAUUACAUACACACAAUACCCUCCAUUGAGCUUGAUUUUGAAAAAGUGAAAUUGUUGCGUAGAGGGGCCAUUUCUGCUGCAUGCAAUUUUCUUAGUGAAUAUGCCGCUGAUGAUGCUACAGAUUUUUCAGCCGUAAUUGAGGAUAUAUACAAACUGGUCUCGAAAGUUCAGAAACGUCGUCAUCCGAAAUCUACUGAAGGUAAUUUAUUUGUGAUUCGUGACCCAGCUGUCGUGAGAACCCGAGGUGCACGAAAGAAGUUGAAGACUAAGAAGAAGAAAAGACUCUGUUCUAAUUGCAGAAAGAGUGGUCACACAAUCCGGACAUGUCCUACAUUGUUUGAGGGAGUCGGAGAUGAUGAAGUAGAUGAAGGAGAUUCAUCUGUUGAGCUGGAUGAUGAUAGCAUUACUAAAAAUACUGUGGUGUCAUUAGCAGGAGGAGAUAAUGGAGGUUCUACUUCAAGGCAAAUAGGCACAGCCAAAAGAAAGGUUGGAGAUAAUGGCAAUGUUGGUAGUGUUCAAGGUAAUGAACGCGAUGUUUUAUCACCGUCAGCUGGUCCACAAAUUGAUGCUGCAGGUCCUACGCUGAAUUUUGGGGACGGAAUGAAUAUGUUCCCUCAAUUUCCCCCACCUAGCCAGAUUUUCCAUUCGUUCCCGCCAUAUUCUUCUUUCCCUUCUUCCAGUGGAAGUCAGCAGUUUUUGUCCAUUAUUCAUGAGGUUGAGAGGAGAGCAAAGAUGGCAAAGAGGGAUUAGUUUUGUCCACUAUUCAUGAGGUUGAGC